CGCCGUCGACAUGUCAAACCACCAACACACUCUUCCAGCAAGAGCCAGAACCCGCUGUCCAGACAACCUCACGCAUUUGCAAUGGACCAAUAAGAACGACGUUCCCAUGUUCUCCGCUUGUGAUGCCUGCCACCAGAGGACGCCGUCGGAAAUCCUCCAUCUUGCGACUGUCCCUGCCAACGCCUUGUCCACGGAUACGACGCACCAGAAACGGCUAUCUCAUGUCCUCCGCUUGUGAUGCCUGCCACCGGAGGACGCCGCCGGCAAUCCUCCAGCCUACUACGUUCUCGCUACCGUCUUGUUCGCCGUUACGAUAUUGCCCUGCAGUAUACCAAGCCGCUCGACAACCCUCCAAUCCAGCACAGUUCUCGUUCCCUCAUUUGCCGCCGAUACGAUACCUCAGCAGGAGCCUGGUCGCGCCCGACACGAUGUGUUCAACAGCCGGACGAGAGAGGGAUGGACAACGAUGGACCUGCUUUGAGCGGGAGAGCAGGCUGGCGUGCCGAGGCGGGGAACAGAGGGCGCAUGACGCGCUGCGGCGACGGGCCUCGCGCAUGGAAAUAUUGCGCCGGGAGCGUUUGGAUUUGUAUUGAAGUCGGACUGCGAACGGAGUUUCCACCAGCUGACGUCCCCUCCAGGCAAAUGCACCUCGCCCCCAAUCUGCAAUAUGACCUGGCAGCGAGUCCGACGUCCGCGGAUGGGCGGCUCCUCCAGGGAAGGACCAGGACACCAUGGAUCCGCCCGAUCAUCAAGAGCUGGCGUGUCGGAACGCUCCUGUGCCAAGUCAACUUCAUUCCAAGAUUUCUACACAAGCGGGAGGCAUGGGCAUCAGUGUGCAGGCCUGUUCUUCCCCGGUCGACGCGUCUUGUUGCCCGGCGCUAGGAUCAAGACGGCACCAACACCGGCUCUUGUCAACCGGCCCAGCAGCCAACAAUACAGUCUGGGCAAAUCCGCGAUAAGGAGGCAUCUGGUGUUGAUUCUGGGUGGUUGAGGGCCGUCUCGUCG